UCAGUGUUUUGGCCCUUUCCCUCUGUUUUGCCCUGCAGGAUCUUUUGAUGACAAGACUGAGCCCACCCCUAGUUCUGUGGCAGGGACAGCUGAGGCUGAAGAGAUCAUCUGCGAACAGACCGUGCUUCUCUCCGCUGGGGCCGCAGCUGGGGCUGCCGCCGCAGAAGAGACCAGCCUGAGUGAGGAUCCCAGCAGGGACCCCUGGGGACAGGACAAAUGUGACUUAUGUCCCAGAGAGGAGGGGCCUCCGGAAGAAAUACAGCCUGAGACUGUUUGGGGCCCAGAUGGGAAGCAGGAGACGUACAGGGUUCACCUCCUGGGGCCAGGCUCCUUCCUUUGCUCUGAAACCGAGCUGGGGUUCGAGGUGAGGGCAGCUGUGACCAUCCAGUACGGAUACGACUCCUGGGAUCAGCAUCUGAACCCAUCUGAGAAGCAGCAGUGGAUGGUGGCCGGCCCUUUGCUCAACAUCCAAGUGGAACCAGCCAGGGCCGUGGCAGCCGUUCACCUCCCGCACUUCCUGUGCCUGGCGGGGGGAGAGGUCGAUGCCUCCCGGAUGCGAAUUGCCCAUUUCGUUGAAGGGGGGAUGACCCUGGAGGAGCCAACGGGGGUGAGGCCGUUCCACGCCGUGCUGCAGAACCCCAGCUUCUCCCCUCUGGGCGUGCUCUGGAGGAAGAUACAGUCUAAAUGCCAGGCAAAAGUCCACUCCCUGGCACUGCUCUACCGGGCGCUCAGGGCUGCGAACACAACCCUGCACCUCUACCUGAUCCCCAACGACCGUUCCCUGAGACAGGCCGUUAGUGACCAUGAGUCCAAAUGCCCCUCGGUGCGUGUGCACAAGCCUUCCAGGACCAAGCCCUUGAAAUUUGGCUCCUGUUGUGUGGUGUCCAGCUCAUCCCGGCUUGAGGUGAUACCCGAGGAGCUGGAGUUCUGUUAUCUGGGCCCCACGCUGGAGCAGCCGUACCUGGAGAUCUACACCCGGGACAUGCAGGAGGGGCUGCAGCUCAGCCUGUUGGAAAAGAUAGAAGGGGAACCAGUCUGGAAGGCCUUGGUGAGACCAGAAGACGUGAUGGUCUGUGUUUCAUCUGCCCAAAUGCAGACAGAAGAACAUUUCAUCGACCAGCACCGAGAACAGCUGAUCCAACGGGUGCGCCAGGUGGACAGCUUGCUGGAUAAACUGUACAACACCGUGCUGGACAACGAGCAGUAUCAGAGCAUCCGAGCGGAGAGAACGGACCCGGAGAAAAUGCGGAAGCUCUUCGACCUGCUCCCGAGUUGGAACCGGGCCUGCAAGGACCAGCUCUACCAGGUGCUGGAGGCCAAGCAGAAAUUCCUCAUCCAGGAGCUUAAGGGGACAUAAGACUGGCCGCCCUGGCUCACAGCAGGGGCCCAUCUAACUCAGUAUCCUGUCUGUGACAGGGGCCAGUACCAGCUACUUCAGAGGAAGGUGCAAGACCCUCCUCCUUGACAAUUCUGGACUAAUCUGCCCAUGUUGGGUUAAACCCAGUGUCCCCAACUGGGUAAUCCAUUCUGCUUCCUUAAACUUUCCUGGCUCUGACACUUUGUACCUCAAAAGCAGCACCCUGGAACCCCUAUAUUCACCACAGUCAUGUAAUUAUUAUAAGUUUUGUACAAAGGAUGCCUUGUGAGGUAUCAUUUUUAAAGUCUUAAUCUGAAUCAUUAAUAGCCUGUUGGAUUGUGUGUGCUAUCAUUGUAUGGGAAGUUAUGAAGUACUGCUGUAUGUGUUACUGAAAUAUGUGGUGAGGUUGGGCACACCCACAACCAUCCUUUCACUUAUAACAAAUGACAGACCUGUGGGUGGCUAUCUUACAACAGAAAAACUUCAAAAACAGACUCCAACAAGAGACUGCUGAGCUGGAAUUGAUAUGCAAACUAGAUACGAUCAACUCA